CAGGUUAGACCUCGUCCUACAGCUCGCCCUCACCUCUCCCCCCUCCAAACCCUACCCCGCCGGCCGCCGCCGCCACCGCUGCUGCUCGCCCUUGCCUCCCGCGCGCCGCCGUCUCUCGGUCGUCCUCGCUCGCGUACUCUGCCGCAUCUCCUGCGCCAGCAGAUCGACGCAGCCGGGCCCGUCCACCGCGUCUCCCUGCCGCCCAGCUCGUCCCCGGCCUCCGCCCAGGUCUGUACUCUGAGGGUUACUUUCAUUUGCGUUGAAAGCUAUGUGGGUCAUUUGUCACGGCCAUAGAUGCGGCCCCGGAGCUGUCGGGUUCACCGUGACACAGGUGGAGCAGAUGAAGGUGGAGGCGUGAGUAGCCGACAUCUACUGCGUCCUCUUCGACGCCGCGCCCAACGCUAAGUCUUUCAUGCUAGAGCUGUGGUGCAAUCAGCAUGUCGAGUAUUUGACGAAAGGGCUCGAUGCCAAGUAUUGCUUCUCCAAUGUAAAAUUAACUCGAGUGUCGUCCCUGGUUAUUAUUUUGCUUGACAGUUUUCAUUCCAGUCGACCUUAGUUAUUAUGCUAUUGGAUGGUUCAUGGACUCGCGUUGCUGGAUGAAACGCUUGGCGAUGACCUCGAGAACGAUAUUGUAGACUUCUUGUCUCGAUGCCAGGUUCAAGCCAAGUAGCUAACAUCCCCUUCUACCCAAGGUCAAGCAUUCAGCGGCGGCAUCAGAGGAGACAUCGUCACGCAGAAGCCCCUUCUCUAGAGAAGCAAAAGCUCUGGCCGCCAUGGAUGCCAAUGAGAUUCUCGACCAAGGUUCACCUGGGCCUGCAUCCUCCAAAAACAAGAUGCAUUCACUUAUCAAGGAUUUUGGAGCUUCCUGUCUAUAUUUCUGGAUGCCAUUUGUGGUUUCAAAUAGUGGUGCUUCUCAAGUUGUUUUGUUUGCAGAUACGAAGUCUACUCGCCAGGAGGAGCAUGAAUAGUACAUCGAGAGAGGAAGUAUGAGUUCUCCGAAAUGAUCAUCUACAAGCACAGUACAUAUUUGUUGAUUGCUAGCACUAUCUAUGUUUCCAUAGCAUUGUUUCCAACUGCUGUAACACCUAUUUUUUACAAUUUAAGGUAUGAACUACCUGGCUUUAUUUUGAACUUAUGUACUGAUGUAGAAUGAUGGCUCCUGUUUUUUACUUGCUGGUAUGAACUGUUUCGUUGUAUUUUGUAAAGCUCAAGAGUUUACUUAUGAUGCUAACUAACAUUGCUACAACAUUUGUAUAGACUACCUCUAAUAAUUAUCCUUUCCUUGCCGUUUGGCAUUUUUUUUGUACAA